CACACCCAGGGGCCGGGGCGGCUGAGCUCCCCAGCCGCGCCUCACUCCUCCUGGGCUCUGCAGAAGACUGGGAUCCAGCCUCCAUCCUCACGGCUGCCUUUCCCUGAGAGCCGGGCUGGCGAGCGAUUUCUGCCAGCUGAUGAAGUGAUUUAUGAGCAUUACACAGCCCCGGUUCCUGCCAUAGAGGUCACUGAAGCAACAGAAAUCAAGCCUCAAAAAUAGAAAAAACAGAAGUGGUGGGGAGAGCAGUCGCGCUUCCGCGUCCUCACGCAGAUACCCAGAGGGAGAGGGACGCAGGCGGAGCAGACGGCUGUGCUGCGGACUGGAGCAUGCCCAGGUUUCACCGCCGCUCACCUGCUCUUGCACCCCGAAGUCCGUAGCCAGGUGGGGAGGCAGAGGGAGACUCCCCUGUAUUUGCAGAGCCGAUACCAGCUGUAUCUGGCGCAAGCAGGUCUGCUGGCCAUGGGCAACCUGAUAAAGGUAUUGGGCAAAGAUUUAGAAAACUGUCCUCAUUUUUUCCUGGAUUUUGAAAGUGUCACAUGGGGAACCUUCUUAAAGUGUUGACUUAUAACGACCUUGAACAAGGCCCUAAUUUUUUCCUUGACUUUGAACAUGCUCAGCCCACAGAAGCCGAGACAGCUGUGUGGAACCAGGUCAACGCAGUGCUAGAGGAGGCACAGACAAUCCUGGCUGAACUGCAGUCCUACACGGGGGCUGGCCUGGAGAUUAGAGAGGCAAUCCAAAACCCCAAUGACCUCCAGCUACAGGAGAAGGCCUGGAAUGCGGUGUGCCCUCUAGUGGCAAAGCUGAAACGCUUCUAUGAGUUCUCUCUUCGACUGGAGAACGCUCUGCGCAGCUUGCUGGAAGCUCUGACUAGCCCGCCCUAUGCCCCGACUCAGCACCUGGAGAGAGAACAAGCCCUAGCAAAGCAGUUUGCAGAAAUCCUACACUUCACCCUCAGCUUCGACGAGUUCAAGAUGACCAACCCUGCCAUCCAGAACGAUUUUAGCUACUACAGAAGAACCCUCAGCCGAAAUCGCAUUAACAAUUUACAGUUGGAUGCCGAGAGUGAUGUUAACAAUGAAAUGGCCAACAGGAUGUCUCUCUUCUACGCAGAGGCCACGCCUAUGCUUAAAACUCUAAGCAACGCCACAACCAAGUUUGUUUCAGAGAACAAGACCCUCCCCAUUGAGGACACAACUGACUGUCUAAGCACCAUGGCCUGUGUCUGCAGGGUGAUGCUGGAGACGCCGGAAUACAGGAGCCGGUUCACCAACACCGAGACCCUUCUCUUCUGCAUGCGAGUGAUGGUUGGAGUCAUUAUCCUCUACGAUCACGUUCACCCCGUGGGGGCUUUCGCAAAGACCUCCAAAAUCGAUAUGAAAGGAUGCAUCAAAGUCUUGAAAGAUCAGCCUUCAACCAGCACAGAGGGGCUCCUGAACGCACUGAGGUACACCACCCGGCACCUCAACGACGACACCACAUCCAAGCAGAUCCGGGCCCUGCUGCAGUGAGCGCCUCAAGAGCGGUAGGGUGGGGGGGGGUCUGUCCGGCUGGGGCCUGGAGGCUUCACUUAGAACUGUCAGCAGAAAAUUUUAAAUGUUGCCAUGUUGCUAUAAAUAACCAUGAUCAUAUUCCUCAUUUUGUAAAGAAAGGGAAAAAGUUUUUAAAAAAUAAAAAUACAGAAAUACAAGAACAAACUAAGCAGCCCGCAAAUCCGCCCUCCCCAACGUGUUCCCCCCUCCCACCUCCCUCCAAAAAAGAUCAGUGUCCAACUCUGGCAGGCUGUGUGUCACCCACUCCGUGCGUCUCCGUUCCCCCCGCCCCCCAUCAGUGGUGCAGUGACAUGCCCAGUUCUUAGCCUGCCUGAGCUUGGGGUGGGGGCUAGGGGAUGGAAGCCUGGGAGCAGGGGGGCGUCCCAUGGUUCCCACAGGGGUACAAUGUAGGGUCACUUUAUCUGGACUACGCCCCCCAAGUGCGAAGGGAGGGGUCCAGGGCGGGGCCGGCACGAAGCCGCCCCUCCUGACAGAUGUAAAUAAUGUGCGUGAAUCACUCCAAGGGUCCGGCUGUGACCAUGAUGAUGAUGAAGAAGAAAAAGGGCAUCAUCUUUAAAUCCUCCCGCACUGAGUCCAUUGAAAAUAGCUCAGUGGCACCUUUUAGAUUUUUAAUAUAAAACAAUUAAA